UUCUGUGUCGCACUGAGCGGAUUCGCUCGUUUCCAUCACAUCUCUAUCGACGGCAUUUCGUCAUUUACGCUGUAAACAUGCAACGUAUCGGCAGCUGCGGCUGAUGUGAUGCCGACACAACCCGAUUAUGGAAUAUGGGGAAUGCACAGCUGUCAAACUCUUCUUUGAUCGCCCGCGAUGAUCACCAUGGCAAUAAUUUCGCGUCGGCAACGCAGCGCAAUAUGGAGAACGCGUGAGAGCGCGCUGUGUGUCAGAUAGUGACCGUCUCGAGAUCAUGCGCGUGUGUGUUUGUGUGUACUGUAUGUGUGUGAAUCCGUUCUGCUCUAGACCGAUGGGCAUGGCCCGGCGCGGGUAAACGCAAUCUCGCCCGGCUCGCAGUGUCGUUUGGUGCCGGCUGUUGUACAUCCUGUCGGUUGAAACCCAGUGCGGAUGGGUGGUGGUUCCGCGCCGCAAAGAGGUCCCUCCGCCUCGCAUAGAGAGACCACCCGGAUUCUGCAGAGGAAUGCCUCGACGCGGAGACGAACAUCUUUACAUAUCGGAGAAGUGCAGUGGGCGACUGUACGCGCAACAGAUUUGGGCCUGGACCACGGCCAGUCGUGACUUUUGCCUGGCGACACAAACGCGCACCCCACCGCGUGUGGACGCGUGCGUUUGGACCCUUGCCCUCCGCGCAACAGCUGCAAGUUGGUGCCACUAAAGAUCUAUCUAUCUAUCUAUCUAUCUAUCUAUCUAUCUAUCUAUCUAUCUAUCUAUCUAUCUAUCUAUCUAUCUAUCUAUCUAUCUAUCUAUCUAUCUAUCUGUCCUCAAACACGCCGAUAAACUCAAGCGCACAGGGGCUGCAGGUGUGUAAAGCUGGUCAGGAUGCAGGUGUCAUUUGCCUGUACGGAACACAAUCUAAAGAGCCGCAGUGAGGACCGGUUGUGCGGCCUGAGAACUGCCCCUCCACCAGGGGGCAGCAGCGGAGGAGGUUCCGGGAGCGGACAAGGGGGCAACGGCAACUAUGGCCCUCAGGGCUCAGCCAAAUCAAGGGACGCCGGUGUGCCCCGCCCUCUGCCACAAGGCCACGCCCACAUGAAAGAGGCGAUCGGACGGCACAGCAGCAUGAAGUACAGAAAUCUUGGGAAAUCUGGCCUGCGUGUUUCCUGCUUGGGUCUCGGCACCUGGGUGACAUUCGGCUCUCAGAUCUCUGAUGAGAUGGCAGAGAGUUUAAUGACGAUAGCCUUUGAGAACGGAGUGAAUCUCUUCGACACGGCUGAAGUAUACGCUUCAGGCAGGGCUGAAGUCACUCUGGGGAACAUCAUUAAGAAGAAAGGCUGGAGACGGUCCAGUUACGUCAUAACAACUAAGAUCUACUGGGGAGGACAGGCAGAGACAGAGAGAGGGCUGUCCAGAAAACACAUCAUUGAAGGUCUCAGAGGUUCUCUGUCCAGACUGCAGCUGGAUUAUGUGGAUCUCGUCUUUGCCAAUCGAAGCGAUGUGAACAGUCCUAUGGAAGAGGUGGUACGUGCCAUGACAUUUGUUAUAAACCAGGGUAUGGCCAUGUACUGGGGCACGUCACGCUGGAGUGCAAUGGAGAUAAUGGAGGCAUACUCUGUAGCGAGACAGUUUAACCUGAUCCCACCCGUGUGCGAACAGGCCGAGUAUCAUUACUUUCAGAGGGACAAAGUUGAAGUACAGCUCCCUGAGCUUUACCACAAGAUCGGUGUGGGAGCAAUGACGUGGUCUCCUCUGGCAUGCGGACUCAUCACAGGGAAAUACAGCGAAGGUGUUCCCGACUGUUCGAGGGCCUCAAUGAAAGGUUAUCAGUGGCUGAAAGAGCGAGUACACAGUGAAGAAGGACGCAGACAACAGGCCAAAAUCAAAGAGCUCCAUCUGGUGGCUGACAGGUUGGGCUGCACAGCUGCGCAGCUUGCGAUCGCCUGGUGUUUACGUAGCGAGGGGGUCAGUUCAGUACUUCUUGGUGUCUCCAACACAGACCAACUUCUUGAGAACCUUGGAGCCAUGCGGAUUCUGACCCAAAUGACUCCUCAGACCGUAGGCGAGAUAGAUGCACUCCUGGGCAACAAGCCUCACUCCAAGAAAGAGCCACGUGCGUGAGAGAACGAGACGAUUGCCGAAACACUUUCAGCCGGACCAAGAAAAGGAAAGCGAAAGGGGGAAAAGACUGAACGCGGCGUCCCAUCGCUUCUCUGCUCUCCCGUAUAUUACAACGCCUGCAUGCCUUCUACAACCUGCUUUCUGCCCAUACCGCACCGCUCUCUGUAACCCAACUCAAAUAUACAAACAUACCUACAAACAAAACGUGCAAACUGCCGUCGGCGGCCUCGCAGAAAUGCGACGAAGGAGAUCUUUCUCUACUUGGGGACACUAAAGUUUUUGUCAUCCAGGAGGAAGUCUUGCAGAAAGAGGAAAUAUAGGAGGCGAAUGACGACUUUGUGACCUCUCUCGCCCCUCCACCAGUGGACGAGCUGUUAUGAGAGAGCGUGCGUUAACUUAGGCAUGAACGAGUGUUUGUACGUGUGCAUGCAGUGACACUUCAAAUCGAACUCGAUGGCCGGCGUGUACCUCAAAACCAGACGCCACUUCUCACGGUGUGGACAGCGCAAUAGCCGCUUGACGUUGCCAGAUGUUUACGAAAGCUGCUUGUCACAUUUGUUGGGACGUGCGCUGUCUGUCGUGGUCCAGAAGAGCAUGGUGGACUCUCCGGUGUGUGACAGGAACAGGCAGAGACUGCAGAUGGCUGGUUGGACACAUCACAAGUCUUCCUCUGUUUCCCUCCUUUCCAUCUCUCCUUGUGUUUACAAUGGUGCACCUGUCCCUUUAAGAGCAUUUGUGCAGUUGUUGGAGGGGGGUGUGUGUGUGUGUGUGUGUGUGCGUGCGUGCUUGCGUGUGUGUAUAUGUGUGUAUGGUGCCUCACAAACAUGUUCAUAGCAAUUCUUUAUUUAUCAAAAAUGACUGAAACUCAUCAUUUGAAUGUGACUUGGUUAUACAGUGACCUGAAAAUGUAUUUGGGAGCGUAAGCCACACAACACAUCUUGUGCUUUUUAUUGUAUGUGACCAAAGAAUCCAAAUUUUAUUCAAUUGUUACAUUGUUACAAUAGACAUUUGUUAGAUUUGAAAUGAAAAGUUACAGGUGAGAAAAGGUCCCGCAUGAUUUGACAUGUCGUAUGUAAGAAUGAACUGAAAUAUAAAGGAUACAUAAAUAUUAACAUUACAUAUUUUGUCAUUUCAGAGACUUUUGUGGUAAUAAUCUCAUUUGGUCUAUUGGCAUAUGACUAGGAGAACACUGUUCAGAUGGGAUUUUGGCACAUUUCUGUAGGCAGAUUUGCUCCAGGUCAUUCUUUGGCAAAGGGAUUGCGGUUUUUGUUUUUGUUAUUUUUAUAUUUAUAUUAUUAUAGAUUAUUACAAAUUAAAUUAAUUUAUAUAGCAAUGUAAACAAAUAAAUAAUAAAAUGACAAACCGCAUGAUAAAAUUAUAUAUAUAUUGUUCAAAUAUAAAUAUAAAAAAUUGAGUUAAUUCAAAACACAUAUAAAAUAAAAAUAAACCUGACAACAAAACUUUUUUAAGUCUGGUAACUUGUAACUUCAGACUGCUGUGUUCAUGUGGACAGUGAGGGUUCAGGUCACUAACAAUCUUGUUUGUAAUCUUUUCCUUAUUUUCUGACAUCGCUCUACAAUCUAUGAUCUAUCAAAAAACUAAAUAAUUCUGUAAACUGGAGAAACUAAAAUUAAAGGAUAUAAGGAUAUAUAUAUAUGAAAUAGUUUUCCCCAUUUGUCUUGUAAAUGUGUUGUCUUUUUCCUGAAAUUGUAUGUUUUUUGACCGUAUUUCAAAAAUACAUCAAAAUCGUAUUUUUUUUACAUUUUACAUGGAAAUCUGUAAAAAGAAAACAGAAAAUUUCAGGGUUUUUUUACCGUUUAUGUUUUGCAUAAAACUAUUUCAUUUGUAAUAAUUUAUCAUUGCAGUGCUUAAAAGAAAUAAAAUACAUUUAAAUGUUAUAUAUGUAAAUCAUUGAAAUAAGAGAAACGGUUGUGAAUAUGUUUGCGAGGCAUCAUACAUGUAUGUUUGCGUGCGUGUGGAGCAUGGCUUCUGUGGUCAGCGUCCUUUGCACUAAGUGGACAGUGUCAUAAUUUUAUGAUCAUAGUUCACAAGUAGUCAUGACAGUUAACAUGACCAGAGAACUGUGCUAGUAUUGAUGUGUGUUUGAUACACACACGCUGCGUAAGUGACAAUGAAAAGCGAAGCACUUCACUAGUUUGUGUGUUUGUGUCGUUUCAUGAUUUCAAACAGGCAGAGACAUGAGGCAUGAGACUUCUGCACAUUGGCUGGAUUAAAUGAAUAUUUACUGUCUAUUUCAUUUGGCCAACAUUGAAUAUCACAAUGUGCAGUGCCACACAACAAGGUUGUCCGAUCCAACUCAUGUUACACUUGUUACAGACGAGCACCGGCCUAGACUUUUUAUCAGAUGGGCUGCAAAAGUCUGUGGUCUGUUUAGUUUGAAAUAAGAUAACGUCGUAUGAUUCAAUGUAUUUACUGCACUAUCAAAACAAAUAGAUUGUAUGACUUACAAAAAGAUGUGCAGAAAGUAAACAAAAACAAAUCAGAUUUAAGUGCUAUUUGAACAAAGAUUAGGACUUUGUUGGGGACAAGAUUAGGAGAAAAACGUUUCAGAACAGUAAACAGGUAUAGACAUUAUUUGACUCUUCAUUUAUGAAAAAUCAUAUCAAUUUUUUGAGUUCAAGUUAAUGCCAUCUAAAUGUUUGACAUGGGUUUUAGAUAGAAAUUGUCCCGAGACCAGUUUUUUAAGAGAUGAAGGUUUAAUGGUCAAACUGGGCCACUUUUACAAGGGGUAACAUAAAUCCCUUUAUACUUUACUUGUAAUGCCAAUUUAUCAGUCUGUAUUCUCUCUAAUGUGUCUUUGUGUUUAUAUUCCUCGAUGACUUAUGUAAGUAUUGUACCUGAGUUGGUUAUGGAAAAUUUUUGGCAUCUAUGUUAGAAAGAAAAGGCUUUUUUUAAAAGACGUGCAUAACCAUUAGCAAGACUGAACUAUCAUUAGUUUACAGAACUAAUACAUUUAGUGCACUCCCUCAUAUGGUGAUUUUGCCUGAAUAUGUUAAAAUUUACUGUCAUGCAACAAGAAAAAAAAAACGUGAAAAAGAAAAAACUAACAAGAACAAGCCCUGUACUGAAUGUAUCUUGCUUGCCUUUAAAAUGU